AUGAUCGGUGGCCAGGUCGUUUUGCGGCUCUUCAUGGGUUACUGGCCAUCCAAGAUUCUGUGCGUCCUCAACGUCAUUCUCAUGAUUGGCUACGCGACCAUAGACAGCAUCAUUGGCGGACAAGUCCUGUCAGCCGUCGGCGGCGGCAAGAUGACCAUCAUCGUCGGAAUCAUCGUGGUCAGCAUAGUUUGCUGGGUCGUUGUGGUCUUCGGCAUGGCCCUCUUUCACAAGUACAGGAGAUGCUCGUGGCUUCCGCAAACCGUCGCGCUCUUCGUCCUGAUGGGCGUUGCCGGCCCGUACUUUGACGCCUCGGCUCCGUCCAAGGUCAGCGACGCUCUGCUCGGCGCUCAGCGCCUGUCCUUCCUCAACAUCUGCCGGUACGUGCCCAACUCGUGGGCCGGCGCGGCCUCCGACUUUUGCGUCUGCUACCCGGAGAAGACGUCCAGGCACAAGAUCUUCCUGCUCACUCUGACGGGCAUCUGGACGGCCUUCAUCUUUGUCUAUGGGCUACUGGGCCGUGAUCAUGGUCCUGGUUGUGGCCGUGGAGCGCCAAAUGUCCCGUGGUCGCGGAGGCUUCGACUGGUCGCGGUGGGAGGACAAGGAGUACCAGCCGCCGGGCCUUGCGGCUCUAGCAAGCUUCUUGGUGGGAUGGGCCGGCGCGGUGCUAGGCAUGGCCCAUGCGUGGUAUGA